AUGGCUUUGCGAUUGCGUCCCACGCCUUCCAGCGAUAGAGCUGGAGGCGAGAAAAAGUGGAAAAAAUCAUGGGCGGAAGUAUGUGCCAAACCGGAACGCAAGCGCUGCAAAUUCUUCAUCUGGGACGAUGAGGCCAGGCGCCGCUCCGGACGGGGCUUAAUGACGAACUCGAGGACGGGGACGAAGAAUACGAUGGGUCGCGCUCCGAUGACGCCAUCUAUCUUGCGAAUGAGGGAUGCCAUGCAAACAGGUUUGCUGACACCCGAGACUACAGCUCAGAAGAGAACGCGGGAUGGCGAUGACGAUGUGGCCGCGUUGGAAAAGAGUCCGAGCAAGACACAGCGGGUUGGGACGCACAAGGACAACCAGUUGCUGACUAACUGGUUAAAGGAACUGGAGCGUCCGAAGGAGAUGGAAGAGCGAAAACUGGUGCAGGAGGAGGAGGAGGAGGAUGAUGAUGACUUUUCGUUUGGAUGGGCCGAGGAGAUGGACCAGGAGGCGACGAAGUUGAUGGAGAGCCAGGAAAGGACCGGGUCGACUUUGAAAGCCAAUAUGCCCAAGGUCCAGGUGAAUGAACCGCCGGAAACUAAAGGUUCCAACAUGGAAAGGAAUAUCACUCCUCCUCCGCUUGCUCCACCAUCAGGCGCCUUGCACCAUUCUGUUCCGUCCAUGAGAACAAAUCCACUUCCACCUCCAACACCGACACCCGCGCAUUUUGCGUCUACACCACUUAUGCGUGGCUAUCCACUGCGCUCACAGCAUCAGCAACAACAGUGCAAACUUAUUUCUGAUACGCUUGGUCUUCUGGAAUCACAUCACAUUUCUCUUCCAGAAAAGGCUAGAAAUGAUCUAGUGAACCUUUUGGAUACAUAUGAUUUACGGACACUGAGUAUCACUAAAGGCAGAGACGUCUCUAGAAUGGCUAUUAGGACCAGAGAUGCGAGGAUUAAGGAGCUGCGUGGAAGAAUUGAGUGUCUUGAGGCGGAGAGGGAACAUCGAAAGGGCAAGGUAGCGGGGAGUCUGAAGCCGGAUGAGAGAACGAAAUGACCCUAUUCAAGC